AGGGUGACAUACAGAGUACUGCACGAAAAAAAGACAAGAACUGAUCAGCCUGGCCACUUACCAAUAAUCAACAAGGCUUCGGUCACGAAGUCAACUUGACCCUGAUCCAACUCUUCAAAGUUGCAGUUAUUGGAGCCCUUUUGAGUGGAUCCUCAAAGUGCCCAAAGGACGAAAAAAGUCUGGCCUCUCGGUAUGGUAUUGGUAAUAUUACGGCCAUCGCUUAGUCACAAUCAGAAUUUGGCCCAAUUUACCGUGAGACUUCCCCGUAACAUUGUAUUAGCCACGUUUGCAAUCAAUACCAGGAGGUCCGCAUCGACGGUGCAUGAUGAUGGGGACACUCGAGGACGUUAUUUACGCUUUCUCCUUCCUUCCUCCUCCCCUUCCCCUUCAAUUGUGCUCGACCUUCUAGCGACGUGAAUCUCUGGGCAACGGAGAUUGACGGAAUUAUCUGUUCGCUGUUAGGCCCUGCGCCCCCCCAUCGCUCUCUCUUAUUCUCCUUGGCCCCCCCAUUCCACGUGCAAAGCCACAAUUUUUCACCCAAGCCCUGCCCGGAGGUCCUCGGAUCCGCUAACUGCGACGUCAACUUCGAGAUUACGUCGCUGGUUGUUGUCGCCCUCCAACUGAACGUCGAGCUUCCGCUUGGAAAUCUCACGGAAACAAAACCUCAUACUACUCCUACCGAGGGUAAUACCUGCCUCAGUUUGUCGGAUUGGACGCGCGAAGGGAACCGACGCGCCCUCCCCCCUCCGCCCCCUUCAACUCCGACGGUAAAACCUGUCGAAUCCCACCCCCCGCAACUGCUUCGCUGCUUCCCUCUGCGAUGCCUCGCCGGUUCAGCAACAACUCCUCCAACGACACCACUACCAACUCACCGUCCUUUUUGCCUUCCUCGGGAAAGGGCGGUAUCAACAUCAAGGCACCUUCGGUCAAGUCCAAUCGCCUGUCCCAGCUCUUCUCCUCGCCCAAAUCCAAGGCCGAUACUCAAUCAACACUGACGGCGUCCCAGUCGGUUGGCGUGAACAACCCUAACAACUCCUCUCCGCCGAUUAGCUCGGCAUCACUGUCCUUACCGACGAUCUCACUGUCGACUGCUACUGCGGACAACCCUACUAUGGACGAAAUGCCGACUACACUCUUUCAGCCUCCGACUCCCGAGGAGGCCCGCCGGCAGGCCAAGGCCCAUGCUCAAUUCGGCGUUAUCGGUCACCCCAGCCAUCGGUACUCCAGUCGUCACCCUGGCGGUGUCUUCCCGGAGCCGGUGAUGGAUGAACCCCCGUAUUAUUACUUGCUCACCACCUACAUCAGUUAUCUAAUCCUAAUUGCUUUUGGUCACGUUCGUGAUUUCUUCGGCAAGCGCUUCCGCGAAGAGAAUUACCGUCACCUGAAACCUCGCAAUGGCUACGGUGCCCUGAACAGCGAUUUCGACAACUUCUACGUGCGUCGUCUGAAAUUGCGCAUCAACGACUGUUUCGAGCGCCCCGUCACCGGUGUUCCUGGCCGCACUAUCACUCUGAUUGACCGGGCGACCAAUGAUCACAACCAUCACUUCUACCUGACAGGCACCACCACCGACACUCUGAACCUAAGCUCUUACAACUACCUCGGAUUCGCCCAGUCGGAGGGACCCUGUGCGGACAUUGCGGAGGAUACGGUUCGGAAAUAUGGAAUUGCUGCUCCUAGCACUCGUGCCGAGGCCGGUACCCAAGAUCUCCACGUGGAGGUCGAGGAUCUGAUUGCUCGUUUUGUUGGCAAGGAAGCAUCAAUGGUCUUCUCCAUGGGUUUCGGUACCAAUGCCACUGUUUUCCCCGCUCUGGUUGGCAAAGGUGAUCUUCUGAUCUCUGAUGAAUUGAACCAUGCCUCUAUCCGCUUCGGUGCUCGUCUCUCUGGUGCCUCAAUUGCUAUGUUCAAACACAACGACAUGAAGGAUCUGGAAUUGAAGCUUCGUGAGGCUAUCUCUCAAGGCCAACCCCGUACUCACCGCCCUUGGAAGAAGAUCCUGGUGGUUGUUGAAGGUCUUUACUCUAUGGAGGGAUCCAUGUGCAACCUUCCCGGUCUCGUUGCCCUGAAGCAUCGCUAUAAAUUCAACCUGUUUGUCGAUGAGGCUCACUCUAUUGGGGCCAUCGGUCCUGCGGGCCGUGGUGUUUGCGAUUACUUCAGCAUCGACACCGCCGAAGUUGAUGUUCUGAUGGGUACUCUAACCAAGUCCUUCGGCGCCAACGGCGGAUACAUCGCCGCGGACAAGGUUAUGAUUGACAAGCUCCGGGCUACCGACUCCGGUAACUUCUACGGCGAGGCUCCCGCACCCGCGGUCCUCAUGCAGAUCUCGUCCGCUCUUCGUAUCAUCAACGGUGAGCUCGUUCCUGGUCAGGGCGAGGAGCGACUGCAGCGAUUGGCCUUCAACUCUCGAUACCUCCGCCUCGGAUUGAAGCGUCUCGGCUUUAUAGUAUACGGUCAUGAUGAUUCACCAAUCAUUCCUGUCCUCCUGUUCAACCCAGCUAAGAUGCCCGCCUUCUCGCACGAGAUGUUGCGGCGCAAGAUCUCCGUUGUGGUUGUCGGCUAUCCGGCUACUCCUUUGGUCUCUUCCCGUGCUCGUUUCUGUGUCUCGGCAGCUCACACCAAGGACGAUCUCGACCGUGUCUUGACUGCCUGUGAUGAGAUUGGCAAUGUGCUGCAAUUGAAGUUCUCAACCGGCAUUGCUGGUGGCGCUUUGCCUCCCGUCGAGGAGAUGGCGCCCCCACCGGAGAUGGAGAAGGAGUGGCACCGCAAGCGCAGUGCUACUCCCACUCCUCCCCGGUGGCGCAUUGAGGACGUCAUCCGGCGUGGAGUCCAGGACGUCAAAUCGCCAUUGUAUUAGUUAUUUGAUGUCCGUCCUCUGCGUUAUGUGAUAUUGUCCUGGAAACUGCAUUGUUUUCUGGGUUGAGCCUUUUUUCUUGGAGCUUAUCCCACAAGCUCGGUUGGUGCUGGUCACGCCGUGUUCGCGGUUAUAAGUAUCCAUGGUGCCCCCUCUGCUUUCCUGUUCGCCUGGUUCUCAUUUAGAUUGCUCGGUAUCUUCUUGCUCGGACGCUCUAGGCCCCCCCCCGGUGUCUAGUCUGGACGACGCAGGAAUUUUCUGGUAUGUCGAUAGCCGAGGAUUUCACACAGAAUGCGACAGUGUUAGUGAAGGAAUGAAGAAAGAAACCCAAAAUCCGGUCAUGACUUAUUCGAACCAAGCAACGAAUGAAUAUGCCCCCGUUUUUCAUAUGAUCCUGAUUUGGUCCCUUUGGGAGAUGUCUUAUCACCAAUCCCACAUUUUAUUGACCUCGCACGCAGUUUUUCCUCUUUUAGUCCAUCUCCUCUUACCCUUUUCACUGUCACUUUUUUUGUUGCUUAAAAUCUUGCCUAAUAUUGCCGUUCCUGUUGCCCAUUGCUUCUGGUACAGGCUGGCUUUCACUUCUUGCCUUUGCCCCCCUUUCACAUUCUCCAUUCAAAUGUUACUGUCUCGUGUCAAUUCCAUUCUACUCGAUGGUAAAGACACGAGUCGUUCCAGCUCCCACUGUUUUAUUUCGCUCCUGCCUUUUACUUCUGCGGUUGCCUCUCUGGAGAACCAAAGGAUGACAGUUGGCUUUCAUGCAAUGGCGCUUGCACACACAACUUUCGGCCUCUCUCUUUGCUGGAAGAGGCCGGGCUGCAUUAUGGUGGGCUAUUGUCUACUACUGUUUUUUGAUAUACUUCUGUUUAUAAUUAGAUGAGUGAUUGAAAUGUCCAUAUCCUGCGGGUUUAAUCAUUAUUCGAUUCAGGUGGAGUCUUGUAUACAAGCUCGAUGACGGUUGGAGGCUGAUCGAAAGGGGAUUGGCGGCAGCUCAUGGCCAAGUUAAGCUUUAUCACGUCACCCCCGGACCUGUUGUCGUCUUAUCAAACUGUCUCGUCGACGAUAGGCUGCGCAUGUUGUAGGAAAGGUCCAUAUAUUUGGACAGCUUCUAUUUUGAGAAUUACCCCCGUUGACUCUACAAGGCAACACCAUUAUGAACAGGGUGGUAUUUUACAAACCAUUCAGACCUUUGAGCCGAGUGCCGAUCGCGUUGG